CGUGCUCAUCUAGGUGCUAGAAGUGACUUUGAUCUACUUCUAAACGGGUGUUAAUAAAUGAUAGAGAUAGAAGAAGUAUCAACCUGUGCCGGAGAGCAGUGGUAGUCCUUCUGUGGCUGCACAUGUUCGCUCGAUGAUGCAGGUCACACUGUGGACGGCGAAUCACUUCCUAUCCUAUCCUAGCAGUCGCGUGAGAUGAAACACGACCGGAAUGGAUUCUGCCAUGCUCUCGUCCUCACUGACCUCGCAGCAGACGCCACAUUCGACUCGUUCUUGCGGCAUUGGUCGCAGAUGCACGACAUCAACUAGUAAUAGAACAUGAAGAAGUAGUUUACGAGUAAAAAUACCUGACAACAUCUUCAAAAGAACUAGAAUCAUUGUUCCGGAAGUUAGUGCAUUGAGUACUCUAUUUAAAUACUAUUAAAAAUCCCCGAACACUCUUCGCCUUUAAUGUGAACACUAAAGGACCCCUAAGACGCCUUUAAUGUGAACACUAAAGGACUCCCCCCCCUUUAGUGUGAACACUAAAGGACCCUUAAGGCGCCUUUAAUGUAAACACUAAAGGACCCCUAAGGCGCCCUUAAUGGAAACACUAAAGGACCCCUAAGACGCCUUUAAAGUAAACACCGAAGGCCUUCCAUGUGGGCAGCAGAUGGCCUUGAGGAAGAGCAAGAACACCAACAACAGCAAGAACAACAGCAAGAACAACAGCAAGAACAACAGCAAGAACAACAGAGACAGCAAGGACAACAACAACAGCAGCAACAACAACAACAAGAGCAACAACAAGAGCAACGACAGCAACAAAACAACAGCAGCAACAACAACAAAGCAGCAGCAGCAAAGCAACAGCGACAAAACAGCAGCAACAAAACAGCAGCAGCAAAAGCAAAACACCAGCAACAAACAGCAGCAAACAGCAACAAACAACAACAACAGCAACGACAGCCACAACAGCGACAUUUUAUUUACUACGAAAAAACCCGAGCACUAAUGUGAACACCAGAGGGCCCCUAAGAUGCCACUAAUGGGAAUGCUAAAGGACUCCCUUCCCCUUUAAUGUGAACACCAGAGGACCCCUAAGGCGCCUGCAAUGUAAACACUAGAGGGCCCCUCGCCUUUAAUGUAAACACUAAGAGACCCCCUAAGACGCCCUUCAGGUAAACACUGAAGGCCUUGCAUGCUGCCACAUUUUCAAGGGGAAUCGGUGGCAGUGCUGCCACCUUCCUCUUGUAUUUAAAGCCUGCGCGCUCCCGCUCCCCUUUGCCGCAGCGCGGAGGGGAGUGCGCGCCCUUCGGGCGCCCGUUUCACCUUGUGAAACCAUUCACCCCUGCCCACGUCCCUAAAGUAUCCCUUUCCCUUCCUUAACGUCUCCCGGGGCACCCGGGCCCGGGGAGUUUGAAGAGAUAUAAUCAUAGCCACAUCACAACUUCUGCCAGCCCUGAGCCCUAGGCCCUAGACCCCGAAGUCUAAAUCUAUAAUGUUACUGAGCCGUCUGGAUUAGAUAAUGUGCGUUGUUUAAGCAGACACUCGUCUCACGACAACCAAGUGGCCGCUCGUCUCUUACAACUGCCCGAGAAGAAAAGUCAUUUGUUGUGCUGUUAUUCUUUGCGCAGGUCAUCAACGAACUGCAAGACUGUAGGCAAGAAGAUCUACAUGAACUAUUAAAAAUGAUCUACAUCAGCUGAGAAAAAUAGUAUCAACUAAAAGAGGAGAAUCUUUCCAUCCACGGCUAAUAUUCAAUAAAUAUUCAUAAAAAUCGUAAACAUAAAAAAAAUGUUAAAAAACUAAGUAACUUCUUCUAAAAGCAAAUUGAAAGGAGGUUUGUUUGUUUGAAAAUUGCUAGGAGGUUUUCAAUCAAGCAAGAGGCACUUAGCAGCGCACCUAUCAUCGUUCUUCUCUUCGAUCUUUUUCGACGUAACAGCAUAGAGUCAUACUGUGCCUUACCGAGAGGAUCAUGUCGAUGUUGAGUUGGUCAUCACGAAACUCAUUCACUCACUUACCUAGCAUGAGGUAGUGCGUCGGAAGACGUACUUAGUUGCAAAGGGGGAAGUGGUGGGGGCUUGCAUUUCCUUCCUUGGGCUUUCUCGUGCAGGCAGUGCUCAGAAUCAGGGAAUUUCCACAUGAGAUAGAUGUGGCGCUACAUCAGGAAAGUUCGCCUGAGAAUGCAGGCAAAACUGCGGAACCUACAUGAAGAUGACAGCAUCAGGAAUUUCCACAUGAAGAGAUGACGAUGAGUUUACUCGCUGAUAUUUUUACUCUUUCGGGUCGUGGCAUUCUUUUUUAUUUGCUUGUGAAGAAGAAAACUACAAGUCCUCAGAUCUGGCGACCAAUUGAGGCAUCCUGACGUGAC